AUGUUUCAUAUAAAAUUUGCAGGGAUUGUUCCACUUGAAAGAUUCCAAUUGAAGUUUUUGCAGGGUUUAGAAGAUCAGAAAUACCUGAAUGUUGUAUUUUGGUCUAAACCCUUCAGAUUGUAUGAUGCAAUACAGAUUUUGGUCAGCCCUAAUGAUGAUGAUCUGUUUAAAGAACGUCUUCAACAUUUUAGUUUGCAGAGAACAUUAUUAUCUGAAAAUAUAGAAAACCUUUUUGAAAAACAAAAGAUUCGCAGAUACGUACGAAUGAAGCUGGAAACAUUUUCAUGGGACGCGUAUCAUGAUUUAGAAGGAGUUUACCAGUGGAUGACUGAUAUAACUACAUUAUAUUCUGAUAAGGCAACUAUUAGUGCUAUUGGUAGAUCAGCAGAAGGGAGGGAAAUUUUAGCAUUAGAAGUCAAAAAUAAAAAAGCAGCUAAGACAGUUAUAGUAGAAGGUGGCAUACAUGGCAAUGAAUGGGUUACAGCGGAAUUUGUAACAUACCUUGCGUAUCAACUGCUUAAUGCUGAAAAAACAUUAAAUACUAAACUAAAGGAAGUUACAAAGAAAUUUAAUUGGAUCUUGAUACCCGUAGUUAAUCCUGAUGGUUAUGACUAUACCAUGAAAUUUGAUCGCUUAUGGCGUAAAAAUAGAAGACAUGUGGGUAAUGGUAUUUAUGGAGUGGACUUGGAUAGAAAUUUUGACCACAGUUUCUGCAAAUUUGGUGGCAGCAACAAUCCUAGCAACGAAUUUUAUUGUGGACCUCAUGCUUUCUCCGAACCUGAAACUAAAGAGUUGUCGCAAUUUAUUAAUUUUAAUAAGCAAAACUUAAAGUACUACUUCUCUAUUCACGCUUAUGGCCAAAAUAUUAUUUUACCCUACGCUGACAGGAUCAAACAUAUCGAUAAUUUUCAAGAGAUGGAAUAUCACAAUCACACGUUAUUCAGAGCUAUACCUGUUACAGAAGCACAUUUGGAAUUUUUAUCAAAUUUGAGCACUAUUUAUAAGGCAAAUGUUUGGAGAUUACCAAGUUAUACUUAUAGGCCAUCAGAAUUCGUGAUACCUCCUGAGAAAAAACAAGAAUUUCUAAGACAAGCCUCACUACAUGGAAUCUAUUUAACUACAAUUAUUGAAAACAUUCAAAGGCCCAAGGUUUUUGUAGAAGGAGGUAUACAUGCAAGGGAAUGGAUAUCGAUAUCCUUCGUCACUUACUUUAUGCAUCAAAUUUUAACUGCAAGUUCUGAGAAUAUUGAAUUAAAAAAUAUUGCGGAAGCUUACGAAUGGUUUUUUGUACCUGUACUUAAUCCUGAUGGGUACGAAUACACACAUGUUAAGUAUUUAUUGGGAAAAAUUGCGGCCAAGCACAUUUCGAGAAGAUACGGUACACAGUAUAGUAUCGGCACUGCAUAUGAUACUGUUGGGUAUCUUACUUCUGGAGUGAGUGGAUGUUGGGUAAAAAAGUCAUUUAAAGUUCCAUACGUAUUAACAUUCGAACUACGAGAUGAUGGUCACCAUGGCUUCGCUUUACCACCGAAUCUAAUAUUACCAACUUGCUUAGAAACUAUGGAUGGUGUACUGGCCCUUUUAGAUCCUUCUAGGAAGUUAGAAGCUUCUUUUAGUCGGUGUCAUAGGCUUGGACAUAAUGAUAAGGAUAAGCCCCGUGCCUUGCUUAUUAAAUUUAGUGACCUGGCCUUAAGAAAUCAAGUUUGGUCGGCCAAAACAAAGUUAAAAGGCACCGGGGUAACUAUGUCUGAGUUUCUGACUAAGCCUCGUCAUAAAGCAUUCUUAGCGGCACGACAACGUUUCGGUGUAACUAAGUGUUGGACUAGGGACGGUGUUAUAGUGGUGUUAAGUGCGGAUGGCUCAAAGCACCGGAUAACUAGUGCAUCUGAACUGAACGCAAUUCCUAGCUCAGCUAAUAGUGCUUCUGGUCCUGUCCUCAUGCCCGCUGCUGUGGAGGCCUCAAAAUCUUCAAAAAUUACUAAUCCCAGAACCAAAAGAGUGUUAAAGAAA